AUGGGAAGAGGCAUUACCUUUCCGACAAAAUGGAGCGGUCUUCCUUUGAAUCGCUUGCUGGAGCCAUCGUCAACCACCAGCUCCCGCUAUCCUCAGGAAUUGGCCGGAUUUGAAGAUCUAGCGAAUGGUUCUCGCCGCCGUCAAGUCACCGGCGCCGCCGUGAGAAUGAAGUUCCAAAUCGAGGACGUAACCGUAUACUUCCCGUACGACAACAUAUACCCCGAGCAAUAUCACUACAUGGUCGAACUCAAACGCGCUCUCGACGCCAAAGGCCAUUGCCUCCUAGAGAUGCCCACCGGCACCGGAAAAACCAUAGCCCUUCUUUCCCUAAUCACGAGCUACACCCUGUCGAAGCCUUCCAACCCGGUGAAGCUUCUGUACUGCACCCGCACCGUACACGAAAUGGAGAAAACCCUAGCCGAAUUAAAGUUUCUGCACAAUUACCAGGUCAAGUGUUUGGGCCCCUCGGCGAGGAUCCUGGCGCUGGGGCUCUCGUCGAGGAAGAACUUGUGCGUGAAUCCGAGAGUUGUGUCAGCUGAGAAUCGGGAUUCGGUCGAUGCAGCUUGCCGCAAGCUUACGGCUAGCUGGGUAAGGGCUUUGGCAGUCGAAAAUCCAAAUAUCCCCACGUGUGAGUUUUUCGAGGAUUAUGAGAAGGCGGGCUCGGAUGCAGUUUUGCCUCCAGGAGUUUACACGCUGCAGCUUCUUUAUAGUUCAUCGGUGACAAAAUUCUAUCUCGUUGAUGCUUGUGAAGAAAGGCUUUUGAUUUGCACUAUGUUUUUCUUGCAUCAGUUUUUGGUUGUUAGGAAGCUAUGCUCGGUCCUCUCUGCUGUAGAUUUGAGGGUAUUUGGAAAAGAGAAAGGGUGGUGCCCGUACUUUUUAGCACGCCAUAUGGUUCAAUUUGCAAAUGUGGUGGUCUAUAGCUACCAGUACCUGCUUGACCCUAAGGUUGCUGGAAUCAUAUCAAAGGAGAUGCAAAGAGAAUGUGUUGUUGUUUUUGACGAGGCGCAUAAUAUUGACAAUGUGUGCAUUGAGGCCCUUAGUGUUAGUGUAAGAAUGCAGACACUUGAAGGAGCAACAAGGAAUCUGAAUAGGAUGUCUCAGGAGAUUGAUAGGUUAAAGGCCACUGAUGCUGGUCGACUUCGUGCAGAAUACAACCGGCUCGUUGAAGGGUUGGCACAAAGGGGGAACCUUCCCAUUGGUGACUCCUGGUUUGCAAAUCCUACCUUGCCCGAAGAUAUAUUAAAGGAAGCAGUACCUGGAAAUAUAAGGCGUGCAGAGCACUUCUUAUCUGUCUUGCGUAGACUUGUACAAUAUUUCAAAAGCCGGCUGCAGACUGAAAACGUUGAGAAAGAGGGACCCGUUACUUUUGUUGCUUCUAUUAAUUCCCAAGUAGGAAUUGACCAGAAAAUGCUUCGGUUUUGUUAUGAUCGGCUUCACUCGCUGUUGAUGACAUUGGAGAUAACCGAUACUGAUGAGUUUUUACACAUUCAAACCAUUUGCGAUCUGGCAACUCUUGUAGGGACAUACACUCGAGGAUUUUCUAUUAUCAUCGAGCCUUUUGAUGAAAGAAUGCCACAUAUACCUGACCCUGUACUUCAGCAAUAUUCAGCCUUUUCUUCUUCUCCUCCUUUUGAAACAAUGCAGCUCUGUUGUCAUGAUGCUUCUCUUGCCAUAAGGCCUGUUUUUGAACGGUUCCAGUCAGUUGUUAUUACUUCUGGUACACUGAGCCCCAUUGAUCUUUACCCUCGUCUUCUUAAUUUCAAUCCUGUGGUCAGUCGAAGUUUUACAAUGUCCUUAACGAGGGAUUGCAUAUGCCCAAUGGUUCUCACUCGUGGAAGUGAUCAGCUUCCUGUGAGCACAAAGUAUGAUCUGAGAAGUGACCCUGGUGUGGAGAAAAAUUACGGCAAACUUUUGCUUGAAAUGGUGUCUAUUGUUCCGGAUGGUAUUGUGUGCUUCUUCGUGAGUUAUUCUUACAUGGAUGGAAUUGUCAAUAGUUGGCAUGAAUCAGGAAUUUUGAAGGAGAUAAUGCAGCAUAAACUUGUCUUUAUAGAGACUCAGGAUGUUGUUGAAACUACACUGGCGUUAGACAAUUAUCGCAGGGCUUGCGAUUGUGGAAGAGGUGCUGUUUUCUUCUCGGUCGCCCGGGGAAAAGUGGCAGAAGGUAUCGAUUUUGACAGACAUUAUGGCAGACUUGUAAUAAUGUUUGGUGUUCCUUUUCAGUACACACUGAGCAGAAUAUUGCUGGCAAGGCUGGAAUAUUUGCGCGAGACUUUUCAAAUAAAAGAGGGCGACUUUCUGACUUUCGAUGCUCUGAGACAAGCUGCCCAAUGUGUAGGGCGAGUUAUCCGAUCAAAGGCAGAUUAUGGAAUGAUGAUUUUUGCUGACAAGAGGUUAGUUGAUCCUCCUUUUCCACAUUUAUGGCUAUGUUCUAUAAACCUAGCUGAAAAGCUAGCUUAUAGCUAUUAA